GAGGGGGUGGAAUGCUGGGACGAAACAGAGAGGAGCAGGUAAUUUAAUUAUGGCAAAUGUUUUUCUUUGUUGUUGAAAACUUUUUCAUUUUAAAAUUUAUUAGUGUUUCUUGCUCAGAUUUAACCACAAGGUUUUGGAAACUGUAGUUAUCAAAUAAAUGCUUGACACCAGGCCUGCCAAUAUCAUUUUGUUCUUUUAAUGUAGGAAUACUUGGAGAAGCUGCGUCAGAUCCGAAUCCAAAAUAUGAAGGACAGAAGAGCCAUCCGAGGAGGGAACGUGGCCGAACACGCUGAUAACAAGGUAAAGAAGUUUAUUCGACCUCACUUCCUAUUCUCAUCCUUGGUUCUAAGAUAACCUGUUCAGUGAGGGCAAAGUAAAAAUUAUCAGUUGUAAUAUAUAUUGUUGUUCAUUCUAAUUCUUAGGCCUCUGAAGAUUCUGAAGAAAGAAAGAAAAAAGUGGAAGCUCUAAAAGUAAGCCUUUCAAAUUUUGAAAACAAACAAUUCAAAUUCUUUAAGAAGUUGUUUAGCGUUUGAUAAUUCAUUAAGAAAUUUCAAAUAAACUUUGUAGGCUAUGCGUUGUAGACAGCCAGAUUUUUUGUGUGUGUUAAAUUCUCAUAAUUGGUGUAAUUGGAAAUGAAAUAAAUUUUCUUAAUUACAGUUACAGGCAGAGCAGUGGGCAGAGAUGAAGAAAAAAGAACUUGAAAAACAGCGCCAAGGAAUUGUGCCGGUAAGUUUUUUUCAUUUUGGGAAUGUGAGAGUUAUUGGAUAUGCCUAAAACUAAAGGCUUUUAAUGAAGUGAGUGUUGGCACCUCCAAGGUGUGUGGUAAAUAAAGAUUCAGGUGCUUCAUUGUUGGCAUCUACAAGGUGUGUGUUGAAUAGAGAUUCAGGUGCUUGAGUGUUGGCAUCUACAAGGUGUGUGGUGAAUAGAGAUUCAGGUGCUUCAGUCUUGGCAUCUCCAAGGUGUGUGGUGAAUAGAAAUAUUCAGGUGCCUCAGUAUGUUAUAUGUGUAGUUCUCAUUGUUUGACAAGUUUUAUUUUUUUAAAAGCAAAAUUCUUUAAUGAAAUAUAAAAGAUAUGUUCUUGAAUACACUAAAAUUUGAGUGGUGUCUAUUGUUUUGAUAUUGUGUCAAACUGAGCUUGUAAGACACAUUGUCAUGGUAAGAUAGAGGCAUGAAUUUAUCUGUAGUGCUGCAGGCAUAAGCUGGCUGGGCAAGGUAAGAUUAUUACGCACUGGCUUCUCUUGUGAGAAAUUAAUCUCUUAUUUUUUUAAUUUAUGGCUUGUUCAAACAGUGCCUAACAAAGGAUGAUACCAUAGAAAUAUGAUAAUAAAGAUACGACACCCAAAACAGUUGCCAGUUACAAUUAAUAUGAUUUAUAAUUUAGUAAUAAUACAAUAACAAAACAAAAGAAAUAUAAUUAUAAAUCAUCAACUUACAGUAUGGUAGAUCUUGUACCGAUACACAGUUAAUACAAUGUGCCAAUGAAUGCGAAAUAAACACAUGAGUACACAAAUACACAAAGAAUAAUACACGCCAAAUAAAACUAAAAAUCUAUCUAUCUAUCUGAAUCUCCGUCCCCUCUCUGUGGCUGUCAAUCCUUUAUAUAUGUGAAUCUACCGACGCGUAAGCCCUGCCUUCCAGAAGCUACUCAGCAUUUGUUUACAUUUCUGAACAAAUCGAGAUCAUUCGACAAGAUACUAGAAGACAGUCUAACCAUGUUUAAUGGGUAAACACGACAGAUCAAAAGAACUAGCCCCGCCCUUCUAUGAAGCGAGCGUCUGCUUAAUAAUCUAAUUUAAGGUCAAGCAAAGUUCACGCACUGGGAAAUCGUGUAAAACGUUAUACAUAACAAAGAUAGAUGCAUGAAUUUAUCUGCAGUGCUGCAGACAUAAGCUGGCUGGUGAUUUACCAGGUGUUGAAUUUAAAAGGUUCAUCUUCUUCUAUAUGUUAAGGCCCACGAUCAAUGUAUUGAUCAUUCUGGCUCCCAUGCAUGUAGAGGGAUUGCAAUGUUUCUGUGCCUGGUGUUGAAGAGGAUAUUUCACUGGUUGCAAGGGCUACACAGCAAGGGUAUCAGGAACUGGGGGCUGGAAGGCCUGAGGCAAUAGAUACAAAUGUGUCAAGUGUUGUCGCCUCAACUGUUCCUUUUGGAAGCUCGUUACAGUCCCUGAUGGUCUUUGGCAGGAAUGAUCAGCUACUGUACUGUGUUCUUGCUGUUAUGAGCCCGAACUGCCUGUCAUGGCCUUGUUGCUGUCUAUUGGGGGAGAGGGACGAGUUUCUGCUUAAUGCUGGAGCUGUGGACCAGGCCCAUUAUUAUCUUGUAAAUCAUAGAGAGCCUGGAUAAUCAUUUGAUAUUGUAAUUUUUAACAUUAGGAACUUGAUUAAGCAUGGAUUAAUGUAUGUGAUCAAGCAAGGGUUAAUGUUUGUUAAUGUCAGACAGUCCCAUGUUGCUGUGAAACUUACCAUUUCUGUGCUGUUACAGGUCAAGCCUGCUACACCGGUGCCUAUGACUGGGGCAUUACAAGCAAUAGGUGCCCUGGAUGGUGCCCAAAACGCACAGGCAGGAUCACAAGGGUAAGUUCCCCUAUCCUUCUGUACAACAGCCUUUUGGUCGAUGUAAAGUUCUGUUGCUCUAUUAUUUGAAACUUUAAGAUUAACCUUAUAUUAUUUUGUUAAAAUAUUAAACCAGCCCAACAUCAUCAUGACACUUCAAUCAUUUCAAUUGAUAAAAAACAACACAACAGACUUAAGUUCAUUUGUUCAUUCUAUUCUAGAAUAGACAGGUAUUGUUUGGAAACAGACAUAAUUGUUGAUAAAAGAAUUACAUUUUAAUCAUAAAAAUAAAUGGAAAAAAAAAAAUCUACCUUUUUUUUUUCCCUGUUACUCGUUUUCAAUGUUUUUUUCCUAAUUUCAACUUAGUUAUAAAUUAAACAUUUCUGAGAAUUCGUUCAUUGACUGAUAAAAGAAAUAUUUGUCAGCUUCAUAAUAAGCAAUGUAAAACUCAAUCUGCUUCUGUCUUCAGAUCAGCUGGGUCCCUCACUAAUGCUAUGAAAGCUGUAGCAGGAACUUCCCCAGAAUCAGACAGGCCUCAGUAAGUCUUCACAUUGCCUCUCACUUUAAAAAAAUUAGUUUCUGGGAAUUCACCGUGAUAUCACAAAUAUUGCCCUAACAAAGGAGCGACUCUCUAAAAAAAUUAUUUACAAGAUGCUUUUUGUAAUUCUGUUAAAUAAAAAAAUUUAAAUAUGUUUAAAAUUAUGUGAAUAAAGAAAUAGAACAUAAUUAAGAAAAUAAAUUCCUUAGUCUGUCUCUACUGGCAGGUGCUUCCUUAAAAAAAAAAAAAAAAACUGUCAGUAAAAUUAAACUCCAGAAAUAUGAGAGUAAAAAGAAAAAAAACAUAAUAAAAAAAAAAAAAUCCUUAGUCUGUCUCUACUGGCAGGUGCUUCCUAAAAAAAAAAAAAAAAAAAAACUGUCAGUAAAAUUAAACUCCAGAAAUAUGAGAGUAAAACAUUGUUGGGUGUUUGAUUUUCUCAGAUCUGCCCACCAGAUGAAGAAAGACAGCAUCUUAAAGAAACUCAAUGAAAAGGUAAGAUGUCUGGAUCAGAACCAUGACUGUGACAUUGUACUGGUAACAGGUAGAAAACAUGUGGGAGCCUGAGAGGUGAAAUUAAUUGUUGCCCAAUGUAGUGGGAGCUAACGUGAGAUUGAUCACAAAAGGUUUUACAGCAUGCAUAACUUCCAGUGCACAUAAAAUUUAAAGCUUAAAACAGUGUCUUAGCAAAUGUAAGGGGAAACAACUUCUUUAGAUCUCAGAUGAUUUUACAAUUUAGGUUAUAUGUUUACUAUUUUAAACAUGGGAGUCAAGGGUACAACCUUAUUUUAGUGGUACAAAUCAUAUAAUUCCGGUUUACACAUUACAAGAAUUGUGCUGCCCAUAAAAAAAAAAAAUUAAAAUUGGAGACCAUCCUUGUUGGUCCCUUUCAUUAUCUGCAAGGGAGCCAACCCCACUUAAUGCUGUGUGUCAUAUUCAGAUUCAUACCAGUAUUAAGAAUAAUAAUUAUUUUUGUUAUUUAUCUCCACCUUGAAUGACCACUGUCCAGUUUUAUUAAACACAUUAUGUUUCCUUAACCCUUUACAGGGCAGAGGUACUUCCUCUUGCAUGUCCUGAACGGGCACCACUAUUCCGUUUUUAGUAAGAUUUAGGGUGACGUUACAAAAAAAAAAUCAAAUCUAAGGUGUUAGUCAACAAAUUUGUGUGAAAUAAAAAGCAAAUAAAGGAAAAUGAAUGCAGAUUUAUAAUUGUAGUCACAUGUUGCCAUUAAUCCUUAUAUGAACACAAAUAUUUGCAAAAACAACAUAUUGUUUGUGAUUGUGAGUCAUCUAUUUACUAUUUACAAACACUGCCACAAAAUUGCAGUUUGUAAAAUUCAACACUGCUUACUACGCUGAUUUCACUAAUAUUACUAAUAAUAUAAACAUCUAGUUCCAAUUUACAGUCAAUUCGUGCACUUAAAUGUCACUUUAAUUGAAUCCAGCGAAAUCUCAGCUAUCACUUGAAUAAUCGGCAAAAUUCAUUUCGAAAAAAAUAAUUUUUUAAACCCCUAAAACUAAAAAAAAAAUCGAUUAAAUACUUGUAACUGGCACCUACUCUAAUUAGCUAUCGGAAAAACCGGAUGUAAACAAUAGGAAGUCUCGCAAAGCCUCGGAGGUCACAAGAAAACAACACUAAGUUGUCACGGAUGCUUUUGUUUUGGGCAUUUUGCCCUUUAAGUGGUAAAGACGUUUUCGGCCGCUCUGCCCCGUAAAGGGUUAAAGAACCUCAGAGAAUUCUUAUUAUAUAAAAAAUAAUGCUCAGAGAAAUGUUACUUUAUAAUACAGUGGUUCUCAACGUGUAAGUCGCAACCCCUUUGGGGGUCGAACAACCCUUACACAGGGGUCGUCUAAGACGAAAUGCAUAUUUCUGAAGAAGCAACAAAAAUUAUGUUAUGGAUGGGGGUUGCCACGGCAUGAGGGGUUGAAUUAAAGGGUCGCGGCAUUAGGAAUGUUGAGAACCACUGGUAUAAUAAAUCAUGUUCGGGGAAUUGUCACCUUAUAAUAAAUAAUGCUCAGAGAAAUGUUUACUAUCUAAAAAAAUGCUGACAAUCCAUUCACAAAUGACACUAUCUACAGAAUCCUGCACGUGGCAAAUGGAAGGAGCCAGCCUCACCGGCUGUUCCUGAAGAAGUUGAUCGCAGACGGUGGGGAGCUCCAGCAUCCCCUGCAAUCAACGCAGCAGAGGAAGAGGCACCAGAGUCUGCCAGGUCUCAGUGGGGAGCUCAGAAAAACUUGCAUUUGACUAAUGUCCCCUUGGAACUCACAGGAUCUCAGAUGGAAGGUCAGGGGUCAGAUAAAAAUAGAGGUUGAAUAGUUUAGCUCUGAAAAAUACUUGAUGAAAUUGUCAGUAAUAUGACAUGAAUUAAAAUCUCACCAACCCAUGUUACCUAUGGUGUUUGACUAUGUUAUGCAUUGUGAAAUAUUUUUUUCACUCGUGUUUACUUUUUGUGACCAGCAACCAGUGUCAGAGACCAGGUUAUUAAAAUGAAUGCUGCUGGUGGCAAGGAUAAAGAAGUUGGAAGAAGUCAGUGGGGACGACGGUCUGAUGUUGUCCGAGCUCUGGACAAGAUGCCAAUCAGUCAGGAUACAGUCACCAUAAAUGGUAGGUUUAAAAAUGAAAAGCUCUCUCAUGGACUCCAAUUUGAAGUGAUUCUCUGCACAACAGUUAUUGCUUGGUCCAUGAAGACAUUCUUUUGUAAGGUCGGGCCCAACCUCUUGAAACCUUGUCCAAUAUAUUUCACUGGCACGCCUCAUCAAGCAGGCAUCACCGUAAAACCAUAAAGUAGUCAAUCAACAAUGGUGUCUAAGGUUGUCCUGUCAAAACCCACUUUGGUUUUGGGGUUCUCUGGGAUUAGAUGUGCGACAUUUUCCUCUGCUAGGUGAUACCAGUCGGUACCUGGAGUCUUAACAUAGUUGAGCCGGUCGAAUUUAUAUAUUGUCUUACAGUGUUCAGUUUGCAUCUGCAUAAUGAGACUUUGUUCUCCUUGGGUUAGAUUUCACCAGGGUUGCUGGGUCGUGACAUGUUUUUGUAGAGUUUACGGGCUCCAACCGACCAGCCGUUGAACCAUUUUUCAUGGAAAUUGUUUUUGAGCCAUGCUUUGACUCCCAGCUGAGUUAUGGGCCUGUCUGGUUGGGGUAGUGUGGCUCCUUCUCGCACAAGGGUCUCUGCUGGCUCGUUUUGUGUCACAUCAUUGUGACAAGGAAUACACUGAAGGAUGACUGAGCCGCCAAGUGCAUUCAUGCCAUUCACUAUUUCCAGAAUGGCACUUAAUCAUCGUGGACUCUUUCAAGCUCCUUCCAAAUGUUUCCAGAGCAAACUGUGAGUCAGUGAAGACCAUAAUGGUCAGGAAACUUUUCCUCCAUGUCAGUCAGCGACCCACUUGUUUUAGGGCAACCAGUAUUUCUUCGAUCUCUGCAUCUAAGUUUGUUCUGUUUGUCCCACUGGGUCCUGAAAUUUCCUCAGUUGGAGGAACUCCUCCAGGAUAUUCAAUCGGUGCGCCAUGUCCACUUUGGUUUUUGCUUGUGAAACAUGAGCCGCCUGUAAAGACUUUUACCACUUGGUCUGUAUUAGCUUGUAAUCUUUCACACAGCCUCUUCUUUUUGGGCUUCUGGGGACUUGCUUUCGUUACCGCUGCAUUUGCCAGUGAAAGAUGUAUAUGCAGGAGCUAUAAGCAUUCACGCUGCAUUUUUUCUCUGUUUUUGGGUAAGGGUAGGUUUUCUACAUCCAUAAAGGAGGGUCUCUUUAACCCAGUCCGCCUUACCCAAUGGCCUUGUAAUUGGAAACAAGGGUCCUUUUUUUCGUCAAACCUGCAGACUCUUUCCAGUGUUGUUAGAACUGAUUUGCUUCUUCUCAGCCAGGUUCUACGUCUGUACAAAUUUGCUUGGUAAAUGCAAACAUUUUAUCAUAACAGAAGCAAGCUAAAAAUCUGUUUGUGGCUAUUAAUUUUACUUUAUGACGUGAAAUUUUAAAUGUAUAAAUUAAAAUUUGAUUGUUAAAUAAUUUUUUUUCAAAGUUUUAAACUCAAUUGUUUUAGGGAUGUUAAUGUUAUGUUCUUCCAAUUGCAAAAUCAAAAAAAUUUCAACCAAAUAGCAAUAUGUCAUUCAUAAAAUAAUGUUCAAUAUUUUCAUGUUUUUGUCCAGAAUCUUAAAUUCUUAAACGAGGUUCCCUCUAAUUUACAGCAAACAUAUUUGCAGUAUAAUUAGAUUUACAGAACAAAUUCAACAUUUUUUAAAAACAGAGAAUGAUUUAUUUAAUAACCAGGUUCACCAGAAGCUCCAAGCCCUGCACCUCAGGGCCCUCCAAGCCCUGCACCCCAGGGCCCUCCUGUUGGAGUUGGUUCAACAAUCACGAUCAUUCAAAAGCCCCCUGGACAGGGAGCCAUCAGUGGCGAGGACGGAAAGAAUUUGCAGACGGCCAGGAGGCCUCUGCCUGCACCCCCGCGAUCUGGGACUAUUGUUUUAUCCCACGGGUCAAUCGGUCAGUGGAGUUAAAAAUAGCAUUCCCUUAUUUUUUGAAUGGUAAACCAAAACAAGGCUUUGAUCAAGUCAAGCUUUCAAAUGAAAAUUGGGGUCUAUCAAAAAUGAGGUUUUAAAAAAUUAUCAAGUUCGGUGCUAAAGUCAGUUUAUAAAUGAAAUAAAUGUAUGAAAAAUGUUGUAAAAAAUCUAUUUUAUUUAGUUAUUUAAAUAUGACCAAACUCUUCCUCUUUUAACCCCAUGCUUUGAUCUACAAUGUGCAUCACUGUGUUUUAGUUUUUUCUUUUAUGUUCAAUAUGGCUUUUAGAUUAAGGUUAUCUAAAGUUAUAUAAAUAAACAUUUAAUUAUAUGUUCCUGAAGGUGUUAGUGUCCCUGUGGUAGAUGAAUCUGACAGUGCCCAGGUUGAUGUGAAAACUACACCCACUGCAACAGAGGCAGAGGACAAAGGCAAAUUGAAGAAUGACCUCACCCGGUAGGAUCUGUGUGGUUACUUAAACUGGUUACUGAUGUGCAAUGUCUGACCCGGUGACUUUAGUGUACAUUGUUAGAUCAUUGCAUUAUAAAGCAUAAGAAAAAGCAUAUAAUGAUCUUACAUGAAUACAGAAAUAUAUAUAUAUAUAUUUAUUUUGCUUUAGGGAUGGUGCCAAAAGUGUACAGAUGAAUCUCACAUCUGGGAACUUUGAUCUAAGAAAUGUGAAGGUGUGUUACAGGUGUAGUUUACAACAUUUAAGCUGUACGGGAUUGGUAAAUAAUUAUUGUGGCAAUACUGUCAGAGUUGGAAGGGAGAUAACUAACAUACUGGAUGUGUUGAAUCAAAAAAUAUCUUGGCCAGUGCCCGAAUAAUCCAGCAAGUCAUUUAGUUUUUAAAAGACGGCCGUCAAAAUAGAUGACCCAGUUAUUUUUUCAUUUCAUUAUAAUUUAAAAUUACGAUUAGAAUUGAACAAAACAUUUAUCUCUAUUUAUAAAGAAAAUAAAUCUCCCACUCUUUCAUUACCUGGUUGCAUUUAUUAUUAUUAUUAUUGAUAUUGAAGCCCUGUUUAAAAAUGGCUAAACUUUUUACUGCGAUUUGAAGGUCUUAUGCUGUCCCACUUUUUCAGCUUCUCAGAACAAUCUCUGAACCAGAUCUGACCAGCCUGUGUGCUGCACACGCAGAUGAAAGCACUGCCAAGGAUUCUUUACCCGUGACACCUGCAACUCUCCGACGACAUCACAGCCUGGAUCUGACAGUUGUACCUGAGGUAAGACUCUCAGUGGUGGGUUUACGUUCAACCACCCAGGACUAAAAUGUAUCUCUUUAUAUAGAAUGAGGAAUUAUAAAAUGUUCAUACAAUAUGCUUGAAGUGACGGUAAAAGUUUACGAUUAAAAUAAAUGACCCUUUUGAAUAAAUAUGGAAUUCACUAAUUAAUUACUCAACUUAAAACAACCUUUUGUUAAAGAUGAAAAUGCCCCUUUCAAAAGAGGAAGGUAAAAUCAGACUCAAACAUGGCUUCUCAUCUUAGUCUCAAAUAACCAAAUACAUCAACAAAUUAAAUAAAUUUCCAAUUUUUGUUGAUCGACCUUGAAUUACAAAUGUAUUACUUGAUGUAAUGUAAGAGUGAUCUUCCCUCACCAGGGUGACUUUGAUGAAGUUGACAACAGCCCACUCGAUGCGCAGGAUGACGAGUUUGCUGAGGAGGACAUCCUCAUCCUAGCCAAGUAAGUGUUGCAUAUUAUUUCUUUAUGUUUUUUUUUUGUUGCCAGAUUGUUAUGGUAGUUUGUUCCAAAUGUCCACUGGCUGUUUUCCAGAGAACUUGAAUUUUUUUGGAGCUGGGCAUUUAUAAUUUAAAGGAAACUGAAAUAAUUCUAUGUCUAUUUUAAUGACACUGUUGUAGUAGCAACACUGUGUUUAUGAACUUAAACUAUCUUUGUCCCGUUGGUUAGUGGUAAUAAGAGUUGGGCACAAGACAAUGGUUGAUCCAAAAAAUUACAUUUCUAUAAAAGACAUUUACAAAAUUUGUCUUGUAUGUUGAAUAAAAUAUUCAUAUAUAAAAUAAUCAUAUAUAAAAUUCCAAAAUUGUUUGUUUUCCAGCUUUUUAUAAGUCUUUUACCAUUUUUAAACUGACAAAAUGUAACUAGUAAAAAAAUAAUAACAUUUAUUUUUAUAUUUAAAUUAGGGAUGUUGCUGUGAGUCAUAUCUUUAGAAUUUGUGUACAUUUAUCUUCAACAGUGAUGAAGACAAUGACAGUGAUGAGAAUGAAGGUGACGAUGAAGAUGACGACAUACGAAGUAUGAGAGAAACCAUGCAGAGCAUCAUUGACAACAGUGAUGAAGAAGGUGAGGGAAAAUUGAAAACAACCUGUAUUAAUAAUUUUUUAGGAAAGUGAGGGACGGAAUGGAUCAGUCUAUUGGGAAACAGAUGGAUAAAUAUGAGGCUGUUAAAUCAAGUACAAGACAGUUGGAUAGACUUCCUGCUGUUUAAAAUUAACGUUGCAAGUUUCAUCUUUAUCUUUGGUAAAUUAAGUUUUUAAAGAACUGCAGCAAUAGUUAAUAUAUUUUAUUGAUUUUAGUUUUUCAUUAUCAAAAUUCUUCACUGCUCUUUACAUUGCUUCUUUACCCAGAAAAAGAUAAAACUUUAGUGAGCCUACAAACAUCAGGUUCUGAAACAUCUAACAAAAAGGAGCAUGCAAAGAAAAAGUCUAGAGCUUCAAAGAAAACAGAGGAAGCACAAAACGAGCAGCCGGCCAACUCUAAAGAUGAAGAAGAGGAAGAGAAGGCAGAUGAUGGUGACGAUGAAAGGAAUGAUGACAGCGACGAAGCAAAUCUACAAAAACAGACUUUGGCUGAUGUUCUCAAGCUUGAAAAUGGUAAAAUUUUUCCAUGUAAUUCUAGCCACAAGGUGGUUGUGUGAGGUUUUCAUGGGUCUACUGUAGCCAUGCUUCUGUACUCAUAGGCAACCUUUAGCCAAACCUGGCUGCUGUCAUCUGAAAAACGUUAACCAAAACACUGCUUCAUACUUCUCCUGGUUUGCGUUAUCAUCUUUUUUUUUUUCCAGACUCUGUUAGUGUAACCAUCUAGGCCAGGGGUUCUCAACCUUCCUAAUGCCACGACCCUUUAAAUACAGUUCCUCAUGUUGUGGCGACCCCCAGCCACAAAAUUAUUUUCGUGGCUAUUUCAUAGCUUUAGAGCAUAUGUAUUUUCAGAUGGUCUUAGGCGACCCCUGGGAAAGGGUCGUGCGACCCCCCAAAGGGGUCGCUACCCACAGGUUGAGAACCGCUGAUCUAGGCUCUAGUCUGAGUACCAACUCUGAUUGGUUUAUUAUUUCAUCUAAACAGAAGACAGUGAUGAGGACUCAACAUUCGGAGAUGAUGACCAGGACGGAGGGAAGGGCUAUGAUGACCGUUUCGGCAGACUCGAACAGUUGAGGAAAGAGCUGGAGACAGCCUUGGGUGUGAAUAAAUUGGUGGAAGUUUACCAGGUUAUUCAGGUGAGCUUACUUAUUGUUGGUUAUGCUGAAACCACCAUGGGAGGCACUUUAUGUUUAAUGACAUAUUUUUAGUAUGACUUUUGAUUACUUUCAUUCCUUUGUUUCUUUGUUGUUUUUUUGGGGUCUAGACCAGCGGUUCUGAACCUGUUGGUCGCGACCCCUUUGGCGGUUUGAACAACCCAACCCUUUCACGGGGGCCGCCUAAGACCAGGGGAAAACAAAUACACUCUACAGUUAUGAAGUAGCAACGAAAUAAUUUUACGUUUGGGGUCACCGCAACAUGAGGAACUGCAUUAAAGGGUCAUGGCAUUGGGAAGGUUGAGAACCACCACUGGUCUAGACUGAUGCAGACUAGCAGUCAGUUUUUACCAGCACUCUGAAUUUAGAGGCCAAUGGUUUUUUUUUGCUGACAAGUUCCAUGAUUAGUUAAACCAAUGAUGUAGCAUGAAACGUUUGUUGUUGGCUACAACAAUCCAUGAUAUCUAAAUAAUUACCUUUUAAACUAAUAUUGCCUACCGUACGGCAGACGGACACAACAAUCCAAUGAUAUCUAAAUAAUUGCCUUUUAAACAAAUAUUGCCUACCGUACGGCAGACGGACACAACAAUCCAUGAUAUCUAAAUAAUUGCCUUUUAAACAAAUAUUGCCUACCCUACUGCAGACCUGUUUACUCUUACGAUUUUGGCGUACAGUGUACGAUUUUGAGGUGUAUACAUUAUAUAUACUGUAUGUUUAUUUUUUACUAAUAUAAUGUGCUGAAAGAUUUUGUGAUAAGAUUGUACGAUUUUAAGAGUUUGAGGGUAAACAGGUCUGCUGCUGCUACUGCUGCUACUGCUGCUACUGCUGCUGCUGCAAAAAAAAAAAAAAAAAAAGGGGGUCCAAAAUGUUUUAGGUUGUUUCCCCGUGGAUCAUGUUCAAAUCUUAGAUUUCAGUACAUAGCAAUAAUAAAUAAACAUAUGAAUGUUCAAAUCUUAUAUUUCAGUACAUAGCAAUAAUAAAUAAACAUUCCAGUUGAAUGUUCAAAUCUUAGAUUUCAGUACAUAGCAAUAAUAAAUAAACAUUCCAGUUGAAUGUUCAAAUCUUAGAUUUCAGUACAUAGCAAUAAUAAAUAAACAUUCCAGUUGAAUGUUCAAAUCUUAUAUUUCAGUACAUAGCAAUAAUAAAUAAACAUUCCAGUUGAAUGUUCAAAUCUUAGAUUUCAGUACAUAGCAAUAAUAAAUAAACAUUCCAGUUGAAUGUUCAAAUCUUAUAUUUCAGUACAUAGCAAUAAUAAAUAAACAUUCCAGUUGAAUGUUCAAAUCUUAGAUUUCAGUACAUAGCAAUAAUAAAUAAACAUUCCAGUUGAAUGUUCAAAUCUUAGAUUUCAGUACAUAGCAAUAAUAAAUAAACAUUCCAGUUGAAUGUUCAAAUCUUAUAUUUCAGUACAUUACAAUAAUAAAUAAACAUUCCAGUUGAAUGUUUAAAUACUUAUAUUUGAAUUUCUCUCGACUGAAUUAGAGGUUUAGUUUAGAUUUUGAAAUCAGUUCUCAUUUUUAAAAAAAAUGUUUUCUAGAAGUUUCAAGAGGAUGAUGAGGGCAACAUUGAGGAUGGAGCCAAGGAAGCCAUAAAGAUAUUGGGGGCGUCCAGGGAGCAUCUGUUCCCUAAAAUAUUCCAGUUAGUCAUGUCAGACACUGCAUUCCAAGAAGGUAAAGCAGUUUGA